UACUACUGCUGCAAGAAGGAUGAGUCCGAGGAGGAUGAGGAGGAGCCCGACUUCGCCGUGCACUCCCACAUCCCGCCGCUCCACUGCAACCGCAACGUAGUGCUGACCAACGGCCCGUCCCUCUACGCCUCGUCACCCUUCAGCAAGAAGCCGGCACCGAGCCGCCCCAGCUGCCCCAGCUGCUCACCAUACGAGCCCCCCACCUUCUUCCUCCAAGAGCCCCCCGAGGACCUGCACAACGGGGGCGACCGGGUGAGCUACAAGACGGUGAGCCAGGAAGAUCUCGACCUGCCAGUGAGCGUGGCCAACCUGCAGGCACUCAACCCCAACCGGCUCUCGGCCAUGCGCGAAGCCUUCUCCCGCAGCCGCAGCAUAAGCACCGACGUGUGA